UAUCGGCGUAGUAGUUUUUUUUAGGGAAAGAGAAGGCAAUGGAGAGAAGGUUGAGGGAAACGAUAUCCUUUUGGGAAGGUACUCUUUCUCCUUCUCCCGCCCCUCGCUUUCCUCGGUUUCGAUCUCGGCAGGGGGGUGCCUAGAUUCGCCUGAAUUCCGAUUGGUCGCCUUCAUGGCGGGUGCGCUGGUGGAUCGAGCCACGAGUGACAUGCUGAUCGGCCCCGACUGGGCAAUGAAUCUCGAGAUUUGUGGUAUCCUUAACCAUGAUCCGGGGCAAGCUAAAGAUGCAGUAAAGAUCAUCAGGAAACGUAUUGGGAGUAAGAAUCUGAAGGUUCAAUGUCUUGCGCUGACACUAUUGGAAACAGUGAUGAAGAAUUGUGGCGACAUAGUUCAUAUGUAUGUCGCUGAUAAAGAUUUGUUACACAAGAUGGUCAAGAUUGUAACUAAGAAGCACCCUGAUCAUCGUGUAAAGGAAAAGAUACUUGCAUUGAUAGAUACUUGGCAAGAAGCUCUUGGUGGUCCACAAGCAAGAUAUCCUCAGUACUAUGCAGCAUAUCAGGAACUCUUGAGAGCCGGAGCAGUUUUUCCCAAAAGAUCUGAGAGGUCUGUUCCUGCAUAUACUCCACAGACGUCCCCUUUGCAACCCUAUCCUCCAUCAGCUCGAGGUCAUGGUUAUCAGAAUGAUGCACCUGGAUCUUCAGUUAAACCUACAUUUGAUUUUCCUGUCUUGAGCCUUUCAGAAAUUCAAAAUGCUCGCAAUAUCAUGGAUGUUCUUGCAGAUAUGUUGAACACCUUUGAUCCUGGAAACAAAGAGGGCCUUAAACAGGAGGUAAUAGUUGAUCUUGUCAGUCAAUGCCGUGCUUACAGACAAAGAGUUGUGCAUCUUGUGAACACGACUUCAGAUGAGGAGCUGCUUAGCCAAGGACUUGCUUUGAAUGAUGAUUUGCAGAAGGUACUGGCAAAGCAUGAUGCUCUUGCUGCAGGACUUGCUGUUCGUGAGGAGAAACAAAAGUCUCCUCAAGCACUUGUUGAUAUUGAUGAUCCUUCAGCUAGCAAAGAGACAGAUCAAAGGUCACCAACUACAAACACAAAUUCAAGUAGCCAGUCCCCGCUUCAACUGUCCCUGCCUAUUCCUUCUUCAUCCAAUGGUUCAGUUUCCUCUUCAGCUGAUCUCAUGGAUCUUCUCAGUGGCGAAAACUUCAACAAACCUGCAACAGAGAAUAUGCUAGCUCUUGUUCCUGCCAGCGAACCUGUUAAUAAUUCGUCUCCAGACCUGAAAGCCUUGGCACUUGCAGACAUGUUUUCUUCUGGUAACACACACCUUAAUGACAAUGAGCAGCCACAGCAUGCACAGUGUACCGAUGGAGAUAGCCUAAACUCAGAAACAAGUCAAGUUGUGCAGACAAGUGAUGGCCAAAGAGUCCAGCUAAGCCUUGGUUGGAAUGGCCAACUAGCAGGAUAUAAUCCACAGGAGCAGGCACUUGGUUAUGGUGCUGAUGACCAAGAUGGAGCUUUCCCCCCACCGCCAUGGGAAAAACAACCUUCCCAGUGUGAUUUGCCUGAUAUGCACCAUCAAUCUCCUCAACCCGGCCAGCCUGGUGGUGUGCUGCCCCAGUUCACAGGGAUGCAACCUCAGAUCGAACAAGGCAACCAUUAUGCAGGCAUGUAUCCUCCACUGCAGAACAGCCAGAUGACAGCUAUGUAUCCGCAGCAAAUGCUUGGAGGUCACGGUGCUCGAGCCAUGUCAGGCUAUGCAUAUGGGCAAGAACAAGACACUCAAUUUUACGACCCAACGAGAUCCUCAUAUCCUUAUUCAACUCCAAAUGAACUCUCCUACAGAAUGCACGGGCUUUCUGUCCAAGACCAUAGCGCAUACGCAAGUAACACCUCAUCCUACCAAGUGCCAGCAUCCUCAUCUUAUCUGCAGCAUUCAAGCAAGCCAUCCCGUCCCGAGGAUAAGCUUUUUGGUGAUCUUGUUACCAUGGCUAAAACAAAGCAAAAUAAGCCUACUCAUGGAUAAGGU